AUGUUACAUAGCCGUUUUCACCAUCAUGUCUUGCGGGACUGGAAUUCAUCCAAUACUGAUAUUACACCGAGUAAUCUAAUUUAUCCAAUUUUUGUUAGUGAUGAUCCAGAAUGCAACGAAGAGAUUACAAGCUUACCAGAGCAGAGAAGAUUUGGCGUCAAUAAAAUAGACCAUGUCUUAAAUGACAUAGUGGCACAAGGAUUACAAUCUGUAAUAGUUUUCGGUAUCUUGUCAAGGAACGAAUCCAAGGAUGCUCUUGGCACAAAUGCUGAUUCCUCACUAUCUCCAACGAUUCAGGCAAUUAAGAAAUUGCGGGAGUUGUAUCCCAACCUGUUAAUUAUAUGCGAUGUGUGCUUGUGUCCAUUCACUGAUCAUGGACACUGCGGAAUACUGGAUAAAGAUGGGUAUAUCAAAAACGAAGCAAGUAUUCAACGAUUAGCAAAAAUUGCUUGCAGUUACGCCAAGGCCGGAUGUCAUGUAGUUGCUCCUUCAGAUAUGAUGGAUGGGAGGGUUAAUGCUAUCAAAGAAUCAUUAAUAAAGCAAGGCUUUGGUAACAGAGUGUCGGUCUUAAGUUACAGUGCAAAAUUCGCAUCUUGCUUCUAUGGGCCAUUUCGGGAUGCUGCAAAUUCAGCACCUGCCUUCGGGGACAGACGUAGAUAUCAGCUCCCUAUGGGUUCGAGAAGUCUAGCAUUAAGGGCGAUUAACCGUGAUAUUGAUGAAGGAGCCGAUAUUGUGAUGGUGAAACCUGGCAUGCCGUACUUGGAUAUUGUAAGAGAUACGAAAGAUAAGCAUCCAGAUAUCCCCGUAGCCGUUUAUCAGGUUUCCGGAGAAUAUGCCAUGCUAUAUUACGCUAGUAAAGAAGGUGCUUUUACUUUACAAUCAGUUGUUAUGGAAUCUUUAAGGAGCAUGCGCCGAGCAGGUGCAGAUAUUAUUAUCACAUAUUUUGUACCAAAGGUUCUUGCCUGGCUUCGGGAACCUAUAACGGGUGCAAGUCCUGCCGAACAUGAACAAUAA